UUAAAGUAUCUGUAAUGCGCAAGUCGCAUAAUAAAUACGUAGUCUGUAUUAUCACCAUGUACUCACAGCGUAGAUGGACGAUUAUCUCGAUAAGUAGGACAAUUGUAACAGAAAAACUUGGUUAGUCAAAAUUGUGGAAGGUAGACGAUUAUCUUGUUUUUAUAUGGCAGUUGAUAUGAAAGAGUUGAAGGAGAAAGGAUGCAUGAAGUCAGAUUUCUGAUGAACGUGGAGACAAAUAAAAUAUAAAUCGAGAAAAUGAGCUGGUUACGAAGUAGUCCCUUGAGAACUAGUUUCAGCAAGCAACGUUCAAGAGACUCUCCGCCAAAAGAUGCUGACCCGUCCGCUUGUUAUGACAGCUUCUGUAAACAUUGGCAACAAGCGUAUGAAAUCAUUUUACGUACAUCUCCACCCAAAGGAAUAUGUAAUCAAGAUGAUGUUCUUGGAGUUGUUAAUCAUGUAGAUCAGAUGAUAACGCUUUUAGUUUUAGAAUUGCGUGAUUUUAACUUUUACAAUAACUAUAGACAAUCUACGACAGCGACUCACUCCCCUUGUUUGGAAUAUUUAUUAAGUGAAAAUCUUCUUGUCAAACUUUAUGAUUGGAAUAAAUAUAGUGGAAGAUAUAAUAAUGCCGUUCGAUUGGAACAAUUAAAAAUAUAUGAACUUUUGGUAUCACAUAGUGGUACUCUUCUUGCCCAUGAACCAGUUGCCAGACCAUUGUUACGAUUACUUGAAGAUUGUGCAAAUGACAUUAUGCCGUUAGAAGUAGAAGGAAAAUUAGUAGUGUUGUUAAACCAAUUAUGUGUUGCCCUAAUGCAAAAUAUGGCGUUACUUGAUCUAUUUUUCCAUUCAACAGCAAUAGGAAAAAACAAAUUUAUUAUUUUUACAUUAUUGAUACCGUAUGUGCAUAGAGAAGCUGGAGUAGGACAACAAGCACGUGAUUCCAUGUUACUUUGCAUGUCUUUAUCAAAAAAAAAUGAUGAAGUUGGCUUAUAUAUUGCUGAUCAUUCUAACAUAUGUCCUGUAUUAGCUACUGGUUUAAGUGGGCUAUAUUCAUUACUACCAAGGAAAUUAGAUAUUGAAACAGAUGAUUGGCAUCGAUUAACACCAGAUGAUGUUAACGAUUUACCAGCAUUAAUGCACUUAAUGAAUUCUUUAGAUUUUUGUAACGCUGUCGCACAAGUCGCACAUCCUUUAGUACAAAAACAGUUACUUGAAUUUUUAUAUCAUGGCUUUUUGGUACCUGUGAUGGGACCAGCUUUAUUACAGGAUUCUGUUGAUUUGACCAUAGAACAGCUAGACGCACAAGAACAUUGGACAACAGUGGAUGAAUUAGUUGCAGCUACAGCUUAUUUUGAUUUAUUUCUUCGUUCUGUAACUGAACCUGGUCUGUUACGUUCAUUCGUUAGAUUUUUACUUGAAGAUAAUUAUGAUGAAUGCAGAAUAUUGGAUAGUCUUAUUCAAAGGAUAUCUUCUAGAUCACGGUUAUGUAUAGUAACAUUGGGACUAUUUGAAACUUUGGUCAAUUUAAAUUGUGAAGAUAUUAUGUUGGAAUUAUGUCUAGGUGCAUUAAGUCCUUGUUCUCAUGUAAUGCUUUCCCAACGUAGAAGAUUAAGAGAUAUAGAUCCUUUUGGACGUGCAGCUGAAAAAUUUCUGUCUUUGACGCCAACUUGUUGUUCACCGUUUACAUCUAUAAAUUCUCAAUUCAAUUCUUUACCAAACAAUGUAACAUAUGAAAAAUAUUCAAGCGUUGCAUCUGAAUCCUUGAAAUCAUUACCAGCAUCUAUAAAUUAUGGUGUUAGAUUAUCAGACAGCCUUUAUGGAAAUUAUCAUGCAUAUUUAUGUGAUGCUCGACAAAAAAUAAGAGCUUGUCGUAUUGCCUGUUCUAAUUGGUCAUAUAAAUAUAAUGGAGAAUUGCCAAAAGAUAGUACUACUAGCAGUGCAACUACUUUAAUAGAUGACAAUAUGUUAUUAGAUCAGCCUCAAAAGAAAAAAGAAACAAACAAAGCUUUGUCAUUAGAAACAUUAAAGCAAUCUGCACUUUUUAAUGAAAGUAAUGAAAACUCAUCAAUAGAUAAUAUGUUAAUUAAUAUUCAGUCUUUGCUGGAUGGAAAAGAUUUAAAUGCAAUAGAAAAGAAAGUACAAGUAGAACCUCUUGCAGCAACAGGCAUAGAAUUAUCAUUAGAAGAACAAGCAAAAUUAGAUGCGGAUAUUGCUGAAUUGUUAAAUGAAGAUAUUGGAAUAUCAAAUUCUCUUAAAGAAAUGUCAUUAAUAGAUAAAAAGGAGUUUGAUAGCGGUAUUGAUGAUUCAAACACUACUAUGAAUUCACUUUUAUCGUUGGGAGAAAGUAGCGGCUAUGAAAGCUUCGCAUUUAAAGGUUCAUCGCAAUCAACUCCAGAUAACGAACCUAGCGAAGAUCGAAUAAGCGAACAUGACGAAAUAGAAAUUGAAUCGAACAAAGAACAAAGUAUAUUUCUUCAUAGCAUCAUAGAAUCAAAUUUAAUUACACCAGAAGAAUUAACAAUGAAUAAACAGAGUAAAGAAAAUUAUCGUCAAGAUGUAUUUAAUGGACAACCAAAUGUCGGUAUAUUUUUGGACGUUCUUUUACGAAAACUCGAAUGUAUGACAAAUAAUAAUUUAUAUGUUAAUUUACAUUUAACUGGUCUUAUCAGUAGAUUGGCAAUAUAUCCACAGCCCUUGUUGCAAUCAUUUCUUUUAAAUCAUUCCCUAGUAUUUCAACCCAGUAUUAGAUCACUUUUUCAGGUACUUGCCUCUUUAAAACAUAAAAUAGACCAAUUUCUUUCACAACACAACAAUGUGGAUAUAUUGGUUGAACAAGCACGACUAUUUUUAAUUAAUCGCGAAGAUAAAUUAGUGAAUGCAAGGAAAAAUGCAUUAGAAGCUGCUGCUCAUUCUGCGCCUACUAAAAGAAAUUCUUUGAGUGGAGAAUCAUUUUCGAGAGUAUUUAAACGAUGUGAAAAUAAGAAAUGGAGUUUGACAUCAUCUUUUACACAAAUGCUUAAAAGAUCAAGUGGUAGUUCUGGUUCAAGUAGUUUAAUUAAUACUAUUAAUCAAUCAACUGGUAUGUCUGAAAAUCAAUUAGAAGCUAUUGGUCAUGGUUCUGGAUACCGGUAUUAUACAAAAAUGUCCUGGGAAUCCCCAAAUGAAGUAAGUCCAAUACAAAAUGUGGUCUUAUGUGCAGUUGUUUUAGAUGAAUGGCUAAAAGAAUUAGCUGCUAUUACACAAGAACAUGCCAUUAUAUCUCUCACAAAUAAUCUGGAAUUUAAAGUUUAAUGUGGUUUAAUAAAAUAAUAUGUGAUAUACUGCUAGACUUAUAUAUAAUAAACCAUAGUGUAGAGUUUAAAACCUUUAUCUAAAGUUAUUGAAGAGAAUAUAAAAAUAUUAUACAAAAUAUUGCUAUAGAUAUAAAAAUAAUAGUUUUUUUUUCAUUUUAGAAGUAUAGACAAAUUAGGGAAUAACAUCAAAACUUAUAGAUUUAUACAUUUUUAUUGAUGUUAUCCUUUUAGAUGCUAGUAAUUUUAGAAUUAUGUUAAAGAAAGAUAUACAAAACUUUUAUUGAAAUAAGCCUUUCUUGAAUAUUAAUAUUUAAACAGUAUCAGCCAAAUUUUAUUAUGAAGACUGACAUUUAGAGCAAUUUCCUAUACAAAUCUAUAUAUAUUAUAUUAGUAAACUAGUUAUAUAAUAAUUUUUUAUUAUAUAUGCUACAGUUGAAUCAAGUUUAUUUGAAAUUAUAUUUGAAUAUAUUUAAAUAAAAUGCAAAAAAAAAGUGCCAAAUUAUUACUUCAAUAUAUUGCAUAAUAUAAUUUAUACUUUGGAAAUUGUUCCAAAUGUUUUUAAAAUUGAAUGCAAUUAUAUUAUUAUGACAAAUUAAUUUUAUUUUAAAAAUACAAUACAUUGGCAAGUUUAUAAAUUUUGUUUUGAUUAAUAAUGGAUAAUAAUUGCGUAGCCUAUUCUUAUUGUACUUAAUUUAAUGUAUGAUUGCAAAAUCAUAAUAUAUAUCCUGAGUAAGAACUUAGUAGCACAAAAUAUUAUAUAAAUAUAAAAUUAUAUGUUUCAAAAUUCUAAAUGUUGUUAGAUAAAAUUGUAAAUCAAAAGCUAACAGAAACUAACAAUUCAUCUGUCUUGUA